GCGGGAGCGCGCCCCGGAAGCGGAGUCAUGGCGGCGGCGGCGGGGGCAGCGUUGCUGAUGCUGCUGAUGGUGGCGGCGCUGGCGCGGGGCGACGACUCGGACUGGGUGCGACUGCCCAGCAAGUGCGAGGUGUGCAAGUAUGUAGCUGUGGAGCUGAAAUCUGCCUUUGAGGAGACUGGCAAGACCAAGGAGGUGAUCGACACCAAGUAUGGCUUCCUGGACGGGAAGGGCUCUGCUGUCAAGUACACACAGUCGGACAUUCGGUUAAUUGAGGUGACAGAGAACAUCUGCAAGCGGCUGUUGGAUUACAACCUGCACAAGGAGAGGAGUGGCAGUAACAGAUUUGCAAAGGGCAUGUCAGAGACAUUCGAGACCCUGCACAAUCUGGUGCACAAGGGUGUCAAGGUGGUGAUGGACAUCCCCUACGAGCUCUGGAAUGAGACCUCCGCUGAGGUGGCUGACCUCAAAAAGCAGUGCGAUGUGCUGGUAGAAGAGUAUGAAGAUGUGAUUGAAGAUUGGUACAGGCACCACCAGACGGAGGAUCUCUCCCAGUUUCUCUGUGCCAACCACGUGCUAAAAGGAAAGGACACAAGCUGCCUGGCAGAAAAGUGGACUGGCAAGAAGGGUGAUUUGGCAAGCGUGGGGGAGAAGCAGAGCAAAAAAAAGAGCGGGAAAAAGAAGAAAAAGGGCCAGAAGGAUGAGCGCGAGGGAGCUGCCAGCCUUCCGGACACAGGGGAGGCCCUGGAGGGGGUCCAGGAGCAGGCUCCGCUCACCCACAGCCCAGCUGAUGAGCUGUAGGCACGCAGCCCCUGCCCCCGGGGCCGCCCACUCCGGGGUUUCACCCCGCUGUGCCUAUGGGUACCAAAGGAAAAGGGACUUGUGACCCGGGGCGGACCGGAGCGCCGGGCCCCGCCUUGCCAGCCUGGGUGCUAUCCCGCGAUUAGGCGGCCCGGAGCCGCGGACCCAGCCCUGCCGCAUCCCUGCCGGAGGCUCUAGCUCCGGGAGGCCACGAGUGCUGCCCACCGCCGGCUCCUCGCACGCCGCCGGGACUGUAAAUAAAGACGUUUUCCCCAGA